CAACACAGUCGGUCGGUACUGGUGUGUGUGUUUUUUUUAAAAAUUAUUUUUCGCCCAAAACCGUGUGUCGUGUAUCGAAUGUUUGUAUUUUCUCGGCGCCCAAAAGAUUUGCCAAAGCACAAACCCGAGCAAUGGGUUAGGUAGAUACGGGAAAUAAUCUGGAAAAAAAAAAAAGUGCGCUGUUGUGCGCGAGUGCUGCGCGUUUCGAUAAGCGUGUGCCAUGCGAAACGGCAAAGGAAAUAUUAAUUAUAAUAUCCGUCGGAUUCGUGUAAAUUAAUAGUGUUUUUUUUUUUUGUAUACAUCUUAAGAGUUGACCGCAAUGGAUACGAGACAACACCGACGACCUUAAGAUGCAACUCGCGUGCGGCCUUUGGUGCGGAGCCUUCGUCUUGUUAGCCGUGUCCGCCGUUGCCGCUGCACAACUCCUUAAAGAUGACGAUUGGAUGGUCGUAUUGCCUUCCGGCGAGGUGCGACCCGCGACAGAGCACCGCCGACAGAGAACCGCGGCCCGGUUGACUCACAGGCGGACCACCGGGUUACCGUGGAACCAUCAGCCCGGGCCCACGCCUCCGGAUGUGUCGGCGGACAGUGCCGAGCCCGCCGGUAGUAGGCCGGCGGCGGCUAAGAAAAAGACCAAAUACAAGCGCAUGUGGGACGAACCCGAGGGUCAAGCUUCGGAAAUCCAAAACGUCACCACCAAACGGCCGGACCGGAUCAAGACCAGGAGACGGCUGGUGCCGGCUUCCAGUACUACGGCCAGGACGGCGGUAGUGUUGCAGGAGGACCCGUAUUUCGAUUUCGGUAAAAAAAUCAGGAACACUCCGUCGACGGCCGGAGUAAACGCCGUGGACCUGGAGACCAGGACCUCGGUGAAAUCGCCCGUGAUAGUCUCCACCACCACCACCACCGAAGAGGACCGGUCCUCGUCCAGGAGCGAAGCCCCGUCGGCGGCGUCCACCAGGACCAGGGGUUCGCAGCAGCAGACUCAAUCCCGCAAUCACAACAGCACUUCCCCGAGGCGACCCGAAAACCAGACGGCCGAAUGCGUGUACCACAGGUACACCAGGAGGAACAACAAGUCACGGUCGCAGAGGGACGCAAGAUGUUUGCCAGAGCCGGACGCCAGGACCACCCGGAUACUGUCGACGGUGGUCACUUCGGUCUCGGUGAAGGGAACCGACCGGAAGAACGACACCGGCGACGACUUGUCGACCGCGUCCACCAGUGCCGAACCGCCAAAGUACCUGAGGAAUCGCUACAGGAACAUAUCGUUGCCCGAAUACCUGGAGAUAACCAAAGUCAACCAGAGGCGGUUGAACGCGACCACCACGGCCUUGCCCCGGGCUACCGGUGCCGGUCAAGUGGAAUCUUCGACCAACUCAUCGUCGUCGUCGUCGUACGCUCCCCUGCAGCAGCAGUACUCGGAGGCCGAACAACAAACCGAAGAGUUGCCAGCCACUACCGGCGGACUGUCGACCGACAACCCUUCUUCGCCGCCUCCUACCGACCUGCAAGAUUACAUAUAUUUGAUCAACGGCACGUCCGAGUCGAGUCCUGCCGACGACCCGAGCACUAGGAAUCCGGCGGCGGCGGUCGAAGCCAGACAGAAGAGACCGUCGAAGAAUCUCACCAGGGGCACCGCGGCCGAGCACGACGUCGGAGUGAUCUAUCCCGAGGGGCUGGCCACGUCCACGUAUCUGCUGACGUUUUUGGCCAUCGUCCCGUUGGUGUUGGUCAUAGGGUUCGCGUUCAAAUUGGCCAUCCGCAGGAAGAAGAAAAAGGUGUUCGACAGCUCGGAGUACUCGUCCGAGUACAACCGCAGCCCUCUGGACUUCAACACCAUGACCUCGUCGCCGAUCACCACCAAACUUCCCAGGGUCCCGCAGCACAUCGUCUGGGACGCCGAGAAAACGUGCGGUGUCGCGCCGACGAUGCCCAGCAGCAACAGCCGGUGGGAAUUCCCUCGGGAAAAGCUCAGGCUGCAGACGAUCCUGGGCCAAGGCAACUUCGGUCAGGUGUGGAAAGCCGAAGCCGACGACAUCAGCGGUCACGAAGGUCUCACGCGGCUGGUGGCCGUGAAAAUGGUCAAAGAGAACGCGGCCACCAGGGAACGCGAAGACCUGAUCGGCGAGCUGAGCAUCAUGCAACACCUGGGAUCUCAUCCCAACGUGGUCACGCUGCUCGGAUGCUGCACGGAGAAAGAACCGUAUUUGCUGAUCAUGGAGUACGUCAUGUACGGCAAACUGUUGGCUUUCCUCAGAGACCGGAGGACGCGUUCGCACUAUUUCAAUUUUAGCGAUUCCACCGCGUCGCUCACGUCCAGGGACCUGACAAUGUUCGCUUACUGCGUGGCCAGGGGAAUGGACUUCUUGGGAUCCAAGAAAAUCGUGCACAGGGAUUUGGCGGCCAGGAACAUCCUGGUGGAUCACAACAAGCUGUGCAAGAUUGCCGAUUUCGGUAUGUCCCGUAACGUCCGCGAUACCAAUCAGAUCUACGAGCAGAGGCACACGAAGGGCGCUUUACCCAUACGGUGGAUGGCGCCGGAAUCGUUGCAUUACAGCAUAUUCACAUACAAGACUGACGUGUGGAGCUUCGGAGUGCUCAUGUGGGAAAUCGUCACUCUGGGUUCGACCCCGUACUGCACGAUGGGCGCCAGGGAAGUGAUGAGGCGAGUGCGCGACGGUUACAGACUGGACAAGCCGGCGCACUGCCGGUCAGAAUUGUUCAGGGUGAUCGCCAAGUGUUGGGCUGCCGACCCGUCGAAGAGACCCACGUUCGCCGAGCUCAAACAGGAACUCGGCGCUCUCCUGGAAAAUCCCGAAUUCGAGGGCAGCUACGUGGACCUGGAGAGUCUGGUGGACGAGUCGGACAGCACCAAGGACAGGCAUUAAGGCAGCAGCAGAGAAGCGGUGUGUCUAAAGACCCACUGAACUGUAUUGUACACGGGAGGCGCAUAAUGCAUAUUUUUCAUAUUAUAAUAAAAGUGACCCGCCGUUUUGAAUCAGUUUUCUUAUUUUUACUUACCGCGUCUAACGAUUAUUUAGCGAUUUUCGACGACGGUUUCCGACUUCAUAUUGUUGUUAUCAAUUUUUUUUUUUAAACGCUGAUUAAAGAUAACACGGUGUUAUCAGAUUUUUAUCAUGGAAUAAACGGUAUGUUACACCGUUUUAUCCACGACAGCACUCAAAAUGGCGGCGGAAUCCGUGUGACGCCAUUUUAUUUUCACCAUGCGCUUUUCGUGUAUAUAGUAAGGUACUUGCUACUAAAAAAAAUCGUCCAUCGCCGGAUAUUGUGUGUAAUUUUUUUUUUUUUAUAUCAAUUUUGUACAUAAUAUAAUUAUUAUUAACAUAACGACGAUGGUUUCUUAAGUAGUUUUAUACUUAAACACAACACAACAAUAAUAAUAUUGUAAUGUAUGUAUGUUUUUUUUUUUGUCAAUCGUUUUCGGUGUGUUUCUGGUCAAAACAACAAAUAAAAUAAUAUACCGAAUUCGAGUUAUCGUUUUUUUUUAUAAAUAAAUAAAUAUAUAUAUUUUUUUGAUAUACGAUUUUUAUUUAAUGUCGUCUUGUUGUUAUAUUUUGUCAUUAAAAUUAUUUAUAAUAUAUUAUCUGACUUUUUCCACCCGAGUCUCGAAUAUAUAUAAU